AAACGCGCUGUGGGCUCGGCCUCAGCUCUGCRAAAUAAGGUCAAAGGUUGGUUUUGUGUUCUGCAAGUAAAUGGAAUGGGUAUUGCUCCUGUGCUGUCACUGCAGUGUUAGGAACUUUGUUUAGAAAAAAAAUACGUUUAAAGGCAAAUUCUUACUACAUCCUCAUUUUGACAAAUGCAAGAAGAUGAGAAAGACCAAAGCAUGAAAUAGUCCAAUUAUUGUCGGGGAAGAUGGCUUAUAGAAUUUAAAGAAGAAAAGGAAAAUGACUAUAUAGGUAACAAAAGUGUUUAUAGAUGUCYGUGUUAUUAAGUCUUAGAAAUAUUAAAUCUCUUUCUUUUCCAGGUUUAAARCCUCCUCAUUGGCACUCAYCUGAAUGUACAGCAAAUGCAGAAARUACUGAAGACACUCUGAGGCUGCUUUUGGAGACAAAAGUGCUGUCAUAUUAGUGAUAACAUUCCUUUAUGUUGGCAUAAUGUCCAAGGAAAGUAAGGACUUCUUGAAGGCGUGACAUAAAAUAGCAUUUUUAAUCCCUUAUCUUCACAGCUGCUCUAUCAUAGUGAAGCAAGUCUGGUUUAUUGGAAGAGCUCAUUCUAGGAACUUAAUCUUUAAGAAGUUACAGCAGGGUUUGCACAGCUUCUUGGGAAAUCUGAAUAGACCUGCAUAYGCCUCUGGCACAUUUACAUUCAUUUUUCUCUUGAUUAUCUCAAUCUUCUACUUUGCACAAUGGUUACUUUSCAGCAAAAAAUUUUACACUUGGUCAAGUGUUUCAGAAGACAAUGGCCUUUAUUUACCAGCUCUGAAAGGACUGCUGUGUGUGGAGCAGACUGCAUGYUGAUGGCCUUACAGCUGUCCAUGGCUGAGGUCAAUAAACAGAACCAUGGAGACUUCACAGUAUCACUYAGUGAUGUGUUGGAAACUUGGAACUAUUUGUUGCAUGACAAAUUGGGAUUAUCACAUGAAAACAUGAAAGAACCUGAAAAUUAUGCUGAUGUAAAAAAAGCCUAUCAUGCCUUCUUAGCAAGAAGCAAUAUGUUAGAUCUAAUAGACAUAUCCCAGAAAUGCUCUAUUCUUGGACUUGUAGCUGAAGAUGAAAGCAUAUCCCCAGUCCAACUUUUGGAAUUUAUUUCUGGUAURAUGAAUGCACAAGAAAAUAAUGGCUCUGCUCUUUCUACUCCUACACACGUCAACAGACAGGGCAAGGAGCAUAUGAAGGUGACAACCCUGGCAAAGAAGGCUGUCUGUUCUUAUUUAAGSCUUUUGGUGAAUUCUAAGGAUGAUCUGGCAUUGGCUCAUAUUCUAAAUGUUCCUGACAGAGGACUUGGUAGAGAAGCCUUCACUAGCCUGAAACAUGCCUCACAGGAGAAGAAAAUGUCCAUUUUCCUGAUGGCAACAUCUUUUAUCCGGACCAUAGAACUUGGAGGAAGAGACUGUGCAUCUCCUUUGUAUGAUCCUUUAAGAGCCCACGUCAAAGGGCUUUCCAACUUSGUUAAUUUUAUUGACAAGCUGCAAGAAAUCGUUGGUGAAAUCUUAAAUACAAGAGUCGCAGGGGGCCGAGUUCUGUCAGCAGUGAAGAUGCAUCUGAUAAAAGGCCGAAGCAAUGGGGAUCCUUUCUGUCAGGCACUAGAGGAAGUUGUACAAGAUUUGGAUUUGAGGAUUAAAAAUAUUAUCGAUUCACAACAGGAAACCUUGGCUGCUGGCACUACUGGAGUCAGUCCAGCGCGGCCAAAACUGCACUCCAUAAAUCACGGCACUGCCUAUUGUGGCAGAGAUACUGUGAAGGUGCUGCUGAUUCUUCUGGAUGAAGAAGCUGUCAGUGCUCCUACCCACAACAAAGCAGAUCUGUUGUAUGACAGUGAAAACAUGAGUUUGUUUGGCAUCACCUCUCUUCUGACACUCUUCAGCUCUCCGGCACGAACCAAUGGAUCUUCUCCAAARCCUCUUAGACUGCGUGUUCUGAAACCUCUGGAUGCAAAAAUAAUUCAGAUGAAGCAAUCUUCAAUUAAAUCCCAGUUUGCCUGUACAUAUAAAAAUGAUUGGAGUGAAAUGAAUGGUCAGCCUUCUCGUGCAAUUCCAACCUGCAAACAGCCUGGACAAAAGCAACAUUUAAAAGCUGCAAAAUGCACAGAAGGUACAAAUUCAUGUCCUGAUGUACCAGUGCCUGGAACUAUUUCUGAAAGUGUUCACCAGACUAGAAGUUGUGCAGAAAUGGGAAAGCUGAGUUGUCAGCCAAGGAACAAGAACUCGGAGAAUGAACAGAUGGAUCUGAAUAAUGACAAAAUAAUCCGUGACAAGGAAAGUGAACCAUCUUUGCAAAAAAAUACUAAAAGACUUAAGACUUCAAACAGAUCUGGAAAGGAAUUGGACAGCAAAAUUGGUGGAAAAAGAAAACAGAGCAAAACUGCAAGCAAGAAUAAAUUGAUUGCUGGUCAGGCAAAGUUAACUCGCUUUUUUCAGCUGUAAGGUUUUGUUUUCACAUGGAUGGUAUGUUGACAGCUGUAAAAUUUUGUAAGAAAAUAGGUGAAAUUCAUGAAUUACUUCCUUCCAUGCUUAAAUAACUGAAAGYAGCUUGUGUAUUACAUUAGACAACUACUUACAAGUCUGGAUUAUGCUGAAGUCUUUUAUUUUUUAAUAACAAUACAUUGUUAAUAAUUACACUGUUAAUUUUGAUAAUGAAUGAUGUAUCUCUCUAUAAUUUGAUGGGAAAUCAYUUUUGGAUGUGUAUGUACUGCCACAAUAACACUCAGUAACUUCAAAUUCCAUUAAAUUCAGAAUAAAAUGUUUAAUCUUCCAAGAAGGUUGUGGAGAUGAGUGGUUUUCACAUUUGCCAGCACGGUCGGUAGACUCUUCCCAGCAURCACCUGAGGACUAGAGCAGAAAAAACAAUUGGAAAGUGUGAAUCUUCAAAGAACUAGAAUUCUUAUGGCCUCUGGAAAGAUUAAUUUAACAAAUGCUCCCUCCCYCAUGAGCCAAAUCAUAACAGACAUGAAGCUUCUAAAUGAAUCUUUAUGAAAUUGCUGUAUUGACAUUGCACUGUACUUUACCAGAAUGAAAUACUUUUUUUGUGUAAAAAUAAAAUACAUUUACUGUCAAAAUCUCUUCUUCCUAUAGGGAAUUUAGCUGAAUUUUCUUCGUCUGUGAUCUCUCUUUGCUGUAUUGACUCAAUGUUUUGGAUUUCAGUGUCAGCUGGAAAAGCCAGGGCUCCCUUCAGUGCAGGAUGGGGUGGCUGCUUUCUGCCUGAGCUGUUUGGCAUAACAUGAUUGAAGAAAUCAUCUCUGGAACCUCUGUCCUGUUUGAGGCAAAACAAGAGGUUCAUUUUUAUUUAAACUCAGUAGUACAUUUUGUACUUUGUACUUCAACAGUACAGUUAUUUUAUGUUUCAAGAUGGUAUCUUAAAAGUAAUGACCUGCAUUACAUCUUUGGCCAAAAUGGUUUAAUGGACAUAAGGAAAUUAUGAUUAAAUAAUGACUCUCAUGUUUGGCAAAGUUAAAAAUCUGUUGCUGCACAUGCAUCAAAUAUAAAUAUAGAUAUAAAUAUAGAUCCCCAAGUUUUGGCUACUAUCUGAAAAAAUCAUAUUUAAUUCAACUGUACAAAUUAUACAUUCAGAAUCUUGGCACUAGAUAUAGAGACUUGAAAACUUUUUUCUUGACUAAGUUAUGUUAAACUGAUAUUUUUGCAUAUUUACCUUGUUGUCACUUUAAAUUGUUGUUAUUUUCUAAAGGGGUAUAAAYGGAUUACAAUUUGAUAAUUAAGCCAAAAUGUAAAACUGAACUCACCAAAAACUCCAUGUUUCCAGCAUUCUUUUCAUUGAAAACCCUGCUGUCCUCAGUCUUGAUUUGCUUCAGCAAAGGUAGAGCUCCCCUGUUCAYAGUUUGAUCUCCAUUUCGGAGGGUUUUUCCCAGAUUUAAUGUAGAUAGCAAWGURUCUUCAUCUUCCAGCUCUUGCAGAGAUUUGGAAACCGAGAACAGMAAACCUUGAGAGAAARGAGAGAGAAGAGAGAGGAUGAACAUGUAUGGUGUGAUGCACAUUUUUAGUUAUUCAACACUUGCAUAGAGGUUCRGCACUUCUCAAACUCUAAGAAAGCUUUUCCAGUGGUAAAUCAAUAUAUUUUCUGUUUCUAGAAUGGUGCACCUUUUAUAUUUUACAGCUUGAAUGGAAACUACUUCAAUGGCUGACGAGUUCAUUCUUUUAAAAUGACUCAUAUUAAGCAGAAACCUUUUCUAUAAUCCUUCUAAUCCCACCUGUUUAGAGCCAAAACACUUCUUUGUCAUGGAUAAUUUGCUUCUUUGUGUGUUUUUGGAAUGGAUUAGUUCCUUUUGGUGGAUCAUUAUAACAAAGUUCUCAGAAAAAGUGAUGUCCAUUUGUGUUGUUUGUAAAGCCUCACUCCUGUUAAGAGAGUUUAAGAAGAGGAACUAAUCUGCAUAAGGAAGCAGUGCUGUUGUCAAGGUGUGAUGUAUCAUAGCUUUUGAUCAAAACUGGAUUCACUAAAAAGUCGAAAAUAUUUGAAAUUCAAUGUUUAAACUGCUACCAUGCCAAAGUCCUUCAUGGUAAUGAAAUCAUUAAUUUGUAUUUUGAUGUCCAUUGUGUCAGGCUGCAUUAUUCAGAGUCAAUUGUUAGAAAUAUUUAAUAAUACUUCAUAAGUUCUAUUUGURUUUUCUUACUGAAAGUGAACCUUUUUCAGCCACAAAUAUAAUAUAACCAAAUAUGCUUGCUAAGAAUGUAGAAAGUUCAGUUUUUUAUUUAAAAAAUCUUUGAAAUGCAUCUGUGGAAGGAAAUGGAGACGUUUCUGCAUACUGUUGUGUUGUUGUUUUUGGCUGAUUUUGUUUAUUU